AUGACACAUGGAAUGGGAGCCAUUCUGAUCGAGCACACUUAUUCUUGCGCCGUCGGAUUUUAUAACGUCGGUGAUUAUUGCAUUCCAUGUCCAGGAAAUUGUGCAGGAGGUACAUGUAACAGUAGAACUGGAGCCUGCUCAGAAUGUGAUGAUACAUUCUAUGGCACUCACUGCAAUCAGUCCUGUCCUGACAACUGCAAGACCAAUAUUUGUGACAUGGUAAAUGGUCGGUGCACUGAUUGUGCUGAUGGAUUCCACGGAAACUUCUGCAUCGAGUCUUGCCCAGAAAACUGCUUAAAAACGUGUGCCAUGCUCGACGGACAGUGUGAAGAAACGAAAGCGAUGACAAGCGGAUCUGAUAGCCAAACUGCGAUAUUUGCCGGGACUGGUGUGGGUGUAAUGGUCAUUGUUGCUGGAAUAGUAGUGUUUGUCAAAAUGAG